AUGCAACAAUAUAUCUUAUUAUUCUCGCUUCUCCUCCUCCAUAGUUGCAGUACCAAAACAGUUUGCCAAUCACCAGCUCAGUCACCAAUAGCGACACCGACAAAGGCACCAGUGCCGCCGCCGCCCCCAGCUGGCCCUACAGACACCAUCAAAAUCCUCUUAAAAGCUGGCCGCUUCUUAUCCUUUGUCCGCCUGAUGAAAGCUACCAAUGUGGAUACCCAGUUAUUUUCCCAGCUUAACAGCUCAACCGAUGGCAUAACCAUCUUUGCACCAAAUGAUAGUGCAUUUUCAAGCCAAGUUGCCGGUGCUGUAGGCUCCCUAAACGACAGAGAAAAACUCGAGUUUGUGCAAUUUCACAUACUACCGAGAUAUCGUUCAAUUUCCGAUUUCCAGACUGUAAGUAACCCUGUAAAAACACUGGCAGGAUCAGAUAGUAAGUUCCCACUUACCAUAACCACCAGUGAUAAUUCAGUAAAAAUAAGUUCAGGGCUAACCAAAACAGGCAUAUCAAAUACUAUAUACACAGACAAACAGGUUGCUAUUUAUGAGGUCAAUAAGGUGCUAGUUCCUAAAGAUCUUUUUCCACCGGCGCCUCCAGCUCCAGCUCCUGCAAAGCCUGUUGCAGAUUCUCCUGUUGCUCCCAAGGAUGCUUCUGAUGCAGUAAUCAUUGUUUUGCAUCAUAAUGCUGUGCUCUUCGAGGUUGGCAUAUAUAUAGCUGCUCUAGCGUUUACCUUAUUGUGA